GUCGUGUACAAUGAAUCAAAUUUAUUUAUUAUUAAUAAUACUUCCUCGUUGUUUUGCCUUACCGUUAUACAAUGAAGGUUGCGUGGCUUAUCCAUUCAAAGAAGAAUUUUAUUAUCACUUUUCAUCUUUGGCCAAUAAAUGUGAAGAGAAAUGGAAAUUGGGCUACUAUUCUUCGAUUUCAUUGGAUAGUCCACAUCCAUUGAGUACGACAUUUAUAUCACCAAACAAUGUAUUGAGUUGUAUUAUAUCAUACAAAUUUCCAAUGAUAGCUUCGGGGAUUGUUGAAGUAAAUUUAUAUAUGGAUCCGAUAUCAAUAGACGAUUACAUAUCUAUCGGAGUUUAUAAAGUAGGGAUUGUGUCGAAGAACGUAGUCGGUGAGAAGACAAUUUCACCGAGGAGUGAUGAUUUCAAAACUGGAUGGGAGACCGUAAAAAUAUCUCUAUCAGGUUCAGGAACCUUCAUGGGUUAUAUUUUAUUAAAGGGUAAAGCGGCGGAUGGGUCCAUAGUACUUAUUGAUUCUUUUCGCUAUAUUCCACCAGCAUACGAUGAAGAUCUAUGUUCAAUAUACGAUGGGUCCAUGUAUAUCAAUGAUUUUAGUACAGAAUUUUAUGAUUUAACUACAGCAGAACAAUGGACAGAGCAGACUAAUCAGGAAAGUCAUAAUUUUAAUUUUAAAAGACCAUCUGAUAUAAUAGACACAUACACUGACAAAACCAAUAACAAUACUACAUCUAUUACUUAUCCUGGUAUUGCUAUGUAUAUGCUAGAUUUUACUACAGAAGUUCUUGAUGCAACUACAUCAGAACAAUCGACAGAUAUUCAGAUAGUAACUCGAGAAGCACCUUAUUCUUAUACAACAAGAACAUCUGAUGUAAGAGAAGACACAUACUUAACAGAUUAUUCAUCUCAGAGGUUUGCACAAACGGACGACAUCAACGACGAUUUUCCAACGACAUCACAAAUAAUAAGUACAGAAACAUCUACACAACAGAAUGACAAAGAUUGGGAUACUUCAAUACUACCUCAAGACAGUACUACAAUGACACCGACAACUAUAGAAAGUGAAAUUGAUGCAUCAACAUUAUUAGUACCUACAGAUUCAAAAAAUAAAAUAGAGACUAUAACUGAAAGAAAUAUCGCCACUUCUUUGCCUGAAAGACUAAGUAUUAACUCCAUUAGUACAGAUAUAACAAUACAUGAUGAAAUUGAUGAAAGUAUUAGUACGGAGGCAAUCGUAAUGAGUAAUGAAGUAACCACAGAAUUAGGUUCCAGUACUGUAAUAGAAGUGAACAAUUUGAAAAGAAUGACAACAGAAUAUGCUAACUAUGUUACAGCACCAUGGGAUUUUAUAUUAGACCCUGAGAAAUCAACAGUUACUAAGACAGAGGGAACAGAAUAUGAAGAGACGGUUACUACUACGCCUAAAGUUUCUAGUACAAAACAUACUAUCAUUAAAAAUCGAAUAGAAAGAGAUAAACUGAGAGUUGAUAUGUUAAAGACGGAAGCAAUAACAACCGCAGGACCCUACAUAACAACACAGCAGACUGAAGCAAAUGUUGUAACUUAUGCACAGACUUUUAAGGAUUUUGAUAAUGUCUUAACUGCUCCUAAUACAACCGAUUUAGAAACAUCAUUUAAAGAUGAAACAGUUGUAACUAAUAAAACACCUAAAGUUCAAAAAGGGACAACAUUGCAAAGAGAUUUACAACCCCUAACCACUACUGUGAUUCCAAUUGUUGAAAAUAAUCAACGACCAGUUCGCUGA